AUGACAUCUGAACAUUUAUUUAAUAAUUCAUAUGAUAAUACUACAUCAACAACUUCAAAUUCUUCAAGACAAAAUAGUAUAAAUGAUGAUGAUUUAUCAAUGAUUCCUCAAGAAGAAAUUGAUAAAUUUUUACCUUCAAAUUUUCCAAUGAUUAUAAGGACAUCAUCAAUUGAUAAUAAUAAUAAUGAAGCAAAUGAUAUUCUCAAAAUUCCAUUAAGAAGACAAAUUUUUAAUGAUAAAAAAAUUUUAAAACAAGUGCUAACAAAACCUAAAAAAGGUGUUUAUAUGUGUAAUCAUUGUGAUGAAAUUUUUUAUACAUUUGGUGAAUUAUUAGAUCAUUUUGAUCAAUUUGAUGUUAAAAGACCUCAUAAAUGUUCUCAUUUAGAUUGUCCUUGGAAAAUUGUUGGUUUUAAUAGAGUUCGUCAAUUAAAUAGACAUGAAUCCUCGGUACAUUCAACUGAUAAAGAAUUUAAAUGUCAUAUAUCAAAUUGUAAUAAAAAAUUUGGUAGAGUUGAUUUACUUAAUAGACAUUUAAAAAGUGUUCAUGAAAAUAAAAAUUCAAGAUUUAAUAGAAAAUUAUCAAAAGAUUUAAGUCAACAUCAACAGAAUCAUCAACAAGGAAGUUAUCAACAUAAUUAUCAACAGAAUUAUCAAGGGUUUAGUUGGAACUCUCCAACUGGUUCAUUAAGUUCAAUAGAUGAUCAUGAUCAAACUUCUCCAGUUAUAACACCAAUUCAAAUUAAUUCUCAACGUUCACAACGUGGUUCACAAGAUUCUCAAAUUGAUUCACAGCAGGAUUCAUCAAAUAAUCAAAGAAGAAAUUCAAAAUAUAAACAUACAAUUGAAUUCUUAACAAAUUCAAAUGAAUCAAAUGAAUCAAAAGAUUAA